AUGAGUUUGGGCGAGAUUGUGAGAGAGGCUGUAGCGCUACAGCAGAAGAAGGAGGACGAGAACACAUGGUCUAAAAUCAACGACGUGCUUUUAAGGCUUACCGCAGCUGUUGGGGGGACUGAGGAUGCAAAGAGGGUGUUACGUGGAGCGGAGGAGCUGAUUGUGAGAUCGAUGCAAAGUGAUCGAUCGAAGCUUGCUGGGACUGCGCUUGGGCUUCUCAAAAGCUGCAUUUGCAUUUUGGGGAGCGAGUUUGAGAUGGCAGGGCAGUACCUGGGGCCUUUGGUCAAGGUUUGUGGAAAGAGCAGCAGGGUAUUUUAUUCGCGGGGUGAGGAGGUGCUUGUCGAGCUGUGCAGGAAUGUGAAUGUUGGGGCGUACACAAGGUUUUUCAACGAGUGCUCUGGGAGUGCCAAUAAGAAUGUGCGUGUUGCGAUUUUCAAAGGGAUUGAGGAGUGGGCCAGGAGAACCGGGAAGAUGGAAGGGUUUGAGGGCCUUGUGGCGAAGGGAAGAAGAGAUGCGAUUUCUGAGGUCCGGGAUAUGUGUAAGAGAAUGGUAGAGAGAUAUGGAACUUGCGAGGAGAAAGGUGAGCAGAGCAGUAUUGGCAAAGCUGAUGGGGAGAAUCUGAGGAACGAGAUGAAGAGGGAGCCUGUCAGGAUGGUCCGGAGGCCUGUCCGGCUAGGAAGUGAAGUGAUGAGUGGAAUUGAGAGGGGAGGUGUUGAGAAGAAGGAGCUUGCUCCGAGGUUCUCUCCUCUCCGGAAGCAAAGCAAGACGGGAGGCAUUGAUCAUGACAAGAUCAAAGAACUCUCGAGGCAGGUCAAGGACAUAGCAUCGGAUAUCAGGCCGGAGAUGAGUCCUAGAAGGAAUGGCAGGGACCUGGGGAUAGGAAGUAGAAUCAGGGAGAUUCUUUCUGGAGUAAAGAGGGAUAAGGGUGGAACGGUGCAUCCUGAACGCAAAGAUGAAGCCGUAAAGAGCGUGAUAAGCCAUGAGGAUCUGACACCUGUAAGGUUGGACAGGUAUCUCAACAAGUACAGGGAAGAGCAUGGAAAUCUUGGGGCUAAGAAAGAAGCGGUUCUUGGGAGUGAGUUUGAUGUUAAGGAUGCCGAAGUGGAUGAGACCUUGGAUGGCAGUAAGCUUGAGGCUAUUGAGUGCAUAGGAAGAUAUGAGUCCAAGGAGCCCAACUCCGAGUUGAAGGAUAGGAUCAUCAUUGGGCAUGAGAGCCUUAGCGAGGAGAUUGAAGACGAGCUGGACGUUGAGGAUGGGGGAGAAGGAGGUUGCCCGGAACUAGGGGUAGGAGAGUUGUCGAAGAGCUUGGCGAAUAUUUCGAUCAACGAAGGGGAUGCUCAAGACUGCCAAGAUGCUCUGAGCUUGGUAUCGGCGCCCUCCGGGAAUCCCUAUGAGAGUUGUGCUGGAGGACAUGAAAUAGAGAGUUCGUUCAAGGAAUAUACCAUAGUAGAGUCUGGAGAGAGAGAGUGCCAGGAAGUCCAGAAGGAGGAGGACGAAGGGCAUCUCUUGGAGGCUGGGGUUUCUGGGUCAUGCAUGGGCAAGGAUGUCUCUAUCGAGGAGUCAACUAUUCCUAUGGAUUCGUGUGCGGAGAGCGAGGUCAGAGAAAGGAGUAGGACCCCAGAUGGUCGUAAAAAGGCUUUUGAGGCGAUGAGGGGAAACCGGUUUGCAGGGCUUCUCGAGUUGAGCGAAAGCAGCGGAGAGGAGACAGUGUUUUCCGGCAAGCCUGCGGAAAGGAAGGAAGGUGAGGAAUGGCAGAUGAACGAUGCGAAUGACUUCACAAGCAUGGACUCUUCUGUGGAGAUCAAAAGAGGGGUCUUCAGGAAAGGAUGA